GGGCGGGAUCAAAUGAAAAUUGUUGCAUACCAAAAAACCAGCUUUUUAUGAAGAAAUGAAUCUUUGAAAUUCGGCGUUGUGGCUCUGAGAUUAAAAUGUUGUCAGAAAUGUUCAUUUUUCACGUCAAACUAAAGUAAAAUGCAAGAUUGAAAUCAUAACUCUUUUAUUUGCAGAGCUAUUGCGAAGAAUUAAAAGUUUUAAUUUAUAAUAUUUAACCAAAUAAAUUAGCUUUUCUUACUAUUUGCGUAAAAUCAGAACUAGAGGAACAACGGGGUCACAAAGUCGUAACAGUAAUGUCAAUUGAAAUUGACCUUUUCCUCCUGGAUAGUUUGCAGUGUUUUUAGUGUGAAGAUUGGCAGUGGACAAAAAAAGAUAAAUGUAUGUAUUUAUAUAUAUAUUUUUAUUUAAUAACAUUCUUUUUCAAUUGGAGUUAAGUCGCGACUUCUGAAUUAUACGAUCCACGAAGCAUUUGUUUGUGACAAAUACUGUCAAAUCAUUUUACAUUGUUUUUCCUUCACAUCGUGAAUUUCCUAAAUGUUUUCACUUCUUCUGUGCCUUUAAGAUUAUUUGUGAUUUUAAGAACAUGUGACCCUUUUAAAUUAUUUAGAAACCACAGCAAUUGUCCGACCAACUUUUAGAAAGUUAAAUAUUCGUUCCAUCUUUUCUUAAAUAAAAUCAUAUCUUUUUGAGACACCCUGUAGACUGUAGUUUCUCCUUUUAUGAACUAAUAAAAUUAUUUUUUAGACACCGUCAUGAACAUAUUGAAUAAUCUUAAUAAUAACAACAAUAACAACAACAACAACAAUGAUAACAAUAAUAACAACAACAGGUUUGAAAGCAUGAACGUGAAUAUGAGAUCUUUCGGCACAUCCUUUAUGAUUUCUGAUGAGAAUACAUUAGUUACUACAUUAUUACGACAGGGAGUGAACCCCUGGAGCAGGGAGAUGUUUCAAUCUAUAAGAUAUGCAAACAAUACAAAGGUUCCCGGGUUAAAGGUAUUACAAGCUUGGAUGUCUGGAAUUGUAACAACGUAUCCUUCAUGUGGGUUUGCUCUACUUUGUGAAUUAUUUAACUACGCAGCAUCAAGUUAUGCCCCGAAUAUAUGUUCUACAGGAUUGGAUUGUCCUCUAUACAGCCUGGAGUAGGCGUUCCCUUUGCAGUCUGUCGUAGGCGUUCCUUGUUUUAAGAAAACCUUUAAAAUUGUUAUUUGUCGGAGAAGUUGGGUUCAACUAAUUUCUCAUUUUCUCAGUUCGGAGUCAGGCACCUAAAGAAUAUAUCUGUUGUUAUUAUUUAAAUAUUGUUGUUUAAAAGCACAUACUGAUGAGGAAUGAUAUCGUAUGAUCACUGUUUAAUUUUCAAAAGUAAUUUGAAAUAAAUGUAUGUUAAAAUUU